GGGAUAUACAUCUUUUUUAGAGUGUAUUUUGUUAAGAAAAAAAACUUAUUGGAAAAAUUUGAAGUUUUUUCUUUGGAGAUUAAUAUUUAGAAAAUAUGAAAUUCACAAAACAAUUAUAUAUUAUAUAGAAAAGGUUUAUAAAGUUAAGCAAGUAAAUAAAUAAAAGGAAUAUGAGCUCGUCUGGUGGUGCCGGUUCUGGGACCUCGGACAAUACUUCUGUAAUUAGUGGUUCAGUUAGUGGUACUUCUGGUGAUAAGCAAACUCAACAAAUACUUCAAAAAUCUCUAGGUGGGGGUACAACAACGUUUCCCAUAAAUUUGGCAGCAAAUAAAAUUGGACAUGUUAAGCCUGCCACUAUAGAUACUAUAAAAGUAGCUACGCCUAUUCAAACUGGAUUAUCUGGUAGUGGACAAAUGCAGCAAACUUCGUAUAGACCUGUAACUACACGUGUUGUAAUGCCAACUGGGACUAUAGUACCUGGUACAAUGAUAAAACAAAUAAACGCUGCACAGGUUGACAACACGGGUAGUGGAGGAAAUGUUCGUGCUCAAAUAACUGCUAUUCCAGCAAGGACAAUAUCUCAAACAUCGAUUACGGUAACACGGUCUGUUACGCCAACGACUUACAUACCCAGACCUGGAGUAAAUACUGCUACAAUACAAACAACCCAACGAAUGUCAGCUCCGAUAAGGAGUUCUACACCACCAACAGUUGCCAAUUUGGCUACUGGAACUUUUGUGAGAGGAGCUUCGGUUGCAAGAAAUUCUUCUUCACCGGCGACAACGGUUAUAUCACCAACAAAUGCUACCUGGAUGGCAACUGGUGGUCAGGUUCAGCUGAUUAGGACGAUAAGCCACCAACCCCGCCAGAGGUUGAUUACCCAAAAUAUAACAGGCAACGUUUCAAAUCCAGGUGGAGUCGUAUCUGCUUCUAACGCUGCAGCUGGAAUUGUUGCUGUUGGCCAAGUUUCUGGUCCAAGUCAAGGUAGUUCAGGUUCGGCCCAAGGUAUACCUUCGCAUCAAGGGUCCAUUCAAACGUCUCAGCAACAGCAACAAACGUUUGUUGCAACAUUGGCGACGGUUUUACCACCACGUCAACAAACAGCAACACUGGUAUACAGCAAUGUGUCAAAUUCUCAAGGGCAGCAAUACACUUCUGUAACAGGAGGGUCGGCACAGCGUUAUACGGUUGCAACUCCAAUUACUGGGAGCACGCAAAGACAAGUAAGACCCAUACAGCUAAAUAAUAGAGCAUUUUCAACAGCAACUAAAUUGGGUACCGUGAGUGGGAUGAAUACGACUAGUAUUAGUAUUCGAGCACCUAAUACAAUACCUGUUUUAACUCCAACAAUAAAUACUGGCAACACAGGCACCAAUACAAUACAAGGUAGAUUAACAACUACUUCCGGUCCUAGUGGAAAUGCGAACGUUAGCUCUUCUGCAGGUUCAUCAGGAAAUAUCAAUUUGCCAACAAAUAGCUUAACAACAACGAGAAUAAUUCAAUUACAACAACAACCUGGUACAGGAGGACAACAAUUAAUUGGAACUGCAGGACAACGUAUUACAAGUAAUUUGAUAAUGCAGCCAAUUAUAAUGAAUACAGGAGGAAAAUUGGGUAUACGCACACCAGCUACCGUUAAUCCAAAGGGUAGCUCUUCUCUAACUAUUACCCAAUUGGGCAGUUUAACUAAACAAUCUGGAGCCAAUAUUAGUGGCAUACAAGGGGCAACAAUUUCUCAAUCAGCUAUAAAUCAAACUGGUGCGACGGUGGUUGCGUCUGUUGCUCCUUCGGGUACUAUAGUACAACAAACUGCGCAGUCUCAACAACAAUCACAAUCACAACAACAAAAUCAACCAACGUCAGUUAGUUUAAGCGUUUCAAGCAAUCAGCAACCUAUUACCCAAAUUGUCAGUGUUAAUCAAGCUCUAUCUGGAAGUACCAGUUCUGGUCAAAGUGGUCAAAUUAUAUCUACACAAAAUGUUCCAGUAUCUGCAACUGUUGUACCUCUGGCCAUUACGUCGAAAGGUGCAACGAAUGUGUUCACAGGUACUCUUAAUCCUAUUAAAGCUGGUACUGGAAUCGCUGGAUCAAUUACAAAAGUUAUAUCGCAAUCACUACAACAGCAGACACAACAGCAACAGCAGCAACAUCAAGCUAAUAAUUCAGCAUCCGUUGCAGAGAUUAUUACAUCACAAUCUGGCUCUGGACAACAUCACCAACCAACAAGUGUUUUUAUACAUGCCCGUCCGCCAAAUUCUGGUUCUGGUGCAAGUGGGGGUGCUACAGUUAUACCAAAUAGUGGUACUUUUCUGAACAGUGGGACUUUUUAUUACGAAUCCGUUCCUGCCAAUUCAGUUACAGUAUCGACCGGGGUACUUUCCCUUACAACAACUACGGUAACCUCUACUGUUUCCUCCAGUCAACCUGUUACAUCUAUUUCAGCUGGAAAUAUUUCAACAUCUCUUCCUUUUUCUCCUUCCGGAAAUGCUGGUGGGGGGACGUUUACAGUUGUACCCGCAUCGGCUGUUACAAAUAUUGCUGGUAGUAUUGGAAGUAGUACCAGUGCAAGUGGUUCCAGGGCCAUAGGACAAAUUCAAAUUCCAGUUUCUGGAAACCUGCCAGUUGUAUCCGCUUCCGCUACAUCGAACGUCAAUUCAAGUCAAAUACAGGCUGUACCAAUUAGAUUCAGCAGUCAAAAUAUCUCUCAACAUACAAUUCAGUCACAACAGCAACAGCCGCAAACAUUACAGCAUAAUACAACGUCAUCAGCACCAUCAACUCUUAAUGAGCAAGUUAUUUCUACAACUGUUCCGUCAUUAUCUAGUGCUCCGCAUCAGCAGUCACAACAAAAUUCAUCUCAAGCCCAACAUCAAAUAAUUACUAUGACGACUCAGCAAACGCACUCUGGACAAUUGCCUUCUGGAAAUGCAAAUCAACAAACCGCCCAUAUGAUCAUACCAAUUCAAACUUCUUCAAUAAAACUAACAGGUACAUCUUCUGCGACGUCAUCUUCAGUAGCACAAAGCAAUCAAAGGCAUAUAACAAACAGCAAUACAAACUCUGGACCUGGAAACGUUGUCCAAGCAAUAGCCAACAUAAGUUCUGUAAAUACAGCCUUUUUAAGAAAACGUGAUACUGAAGGAUCCCCAAUUAGAGCUGCGAAAAAUUUGGCUCCAACAUUAUUAUCUAUGGGAACAUCCUCUGCUAUUUCCUCAGGCAGUAGUCCUGUUAGUAUUUCAAGUAGUACAGGAAGUGUUGUAGGUUUAAAUGUUGCAUCCAGCAGUAAUUUAAGUAACACUAUUCAACAAAAUAACAGCAGUAGCAGUACAAUAAAUUUAAUCAAUCAAAAAGAGCACCAACGUGCAAUAUCACCCAUAUCAAGGCCGGGAUCAUCAGAUGGCUCAACAACUGUGAGUGCAAAUUCCAGUCCCGGUCUGGAUCAACAAAUGAAUGAAGAGUUGCAACCGAUGAAUCGUAUUAGCAGCGAAUCACACUUUAAUCCUAUAAAUGAAAUGUAUGCUAAUCAUCAAAAUCAUAUUCCUUCUUCAAUAACUGGAAUGAGAAGGCAACAACAACAGCAACAACAACUGCACCAACAACAACACCAGCAACAAUCCCAUCAACAGCAACAUCAACAACAACAUCUUCAGCAGCAACAGCAACAAACGCAAUCGCUACACACAGAUAGUAUUCAAAUUUCUCAGGCUGCUGUUAGUAAUGGAAAUAUUGAGUUCACCCCACCAAGGAAAAAGUCUAGGAGAUCUACCAAUGAUAGUCAGAAUUCAAGUGUUUCACAUCAUCAACAAUUAAGCUCGCAAUCUGGACAUUUACCAACACAAAACAAUCAAACUAUUGCCAAUAUUAAUAAUUCAGUAAAUGCAAACAAUGGAAGCAUUAUUGGAAAUAUUAUUCAAGAAAAUGCUAACAAAGUUAAUAACAAUGUUGUCAAUAAUAAGGAAAAUGCAAAGCCUACAGAUUAUAUUAUUAAAAAGCCGCGAACAUGUAAUCUUUUAGACACUUACAAACAAAAUUGGAAAUCGGCUAACAAUCACUUUCAACGUUAUUCUGAUGUUAAACCACGUGAGGAACGUCGUCCAACAGUUAUGGAUUUAGCUAACCAAGCGAAUGUAAUACAAAAAAUAAAUGGUUGGAAAAUUCAUCAUUUAAGUGCCCAAAUGGAAGAUUUGUGUGAAAUCGAGGGACAGGUUUAUGAUAAAUUAAGUGAAAUGUUAAAAAAAUUCGAAAUACAUGGAAAAAAUUCCGAGUUAGAUCGUGUUAGUGAAUUAAUAAAGGGAAAUAUGCAACGUAGUAAAAUAAUAUCUGAUGGAGUAAAUGAAGCUAGAUCGCAAAUAAUGAAAAUAUUUGAGCAUAAAAAUCAUGUUUCCGAUAUUAUUCAUCGUUGUGCAUCCAAAAGAAAUUUUAAGAAAAGAGAAAAGCCAUAAAAAUCUUUGAAAAUGAAGAGAAAAAAAUUAUAAUUUAUGCUAGAGAAUGAAAAAAAAAAAACAAUUUCAAACAGUUUUUAAAUAUUACCUAAUUAUUUAAUUAAUUUUAAGUGAAAAAAAAGAAUCAAACGAUAAAUACAAUUUUAAAAAGCUUAUAUAAAUUUCAUAUAUAUGUAUAUAUACAAAUUUGUAUGAAUAUAUAUAUGUUAAUAUGCAUUUAUAUGUAUAAAUAUAAAUUUUACAUAUAUUUACACGCAUAAAUUUCUUUCAAAAUUGGAUCUGUAAAAGUUAUCAUUUAUGAUAAAUU